AUGGAGGGACUGGUCUUCCUCAAUGCCCUUGUUACAAGGCUGCUGUUCGUGCUGCACUCGGUGGUCGGGGUCUGGAGAGUGACCGAGGUGAAGAAGGAGCCCCGGUACUGGCUGCUUGCAUUGCUCAACCUUUUGCUUCUCCUGGAGACUGUGCUCACCCUCAAGUUCAAGCGCGGCAGAGGCUACAAAUGGUUUUCUCCAACCAUAUUUUUAUAUUUGAUUAGCAUUGUUCCAUCAUUGUGGCUUCUUGAAGUGCAUCAUGGAACUCAGCAUUGCCCUGUUCAGUCUGGAGAAAUGUCACAGAAUAGCAGCAGCAAAGAAGUCUACAAUCAAACAUUGAUCUCCAGGAAGCAAAUCCACGGAGCUGAAGAUCUCAUUGAAUCGGCCAGAGUUUUUGUAACUAACUUAUCUGCAGUAUGUGAGAAGGCUUGGACUUUGGGACUCCAUCAGACAUUCCUACUACUGCUAAUUAUUGGAAGAUGGCUCCUCCCCAUUGGAGGAGAGAUCACUCGAGACCAACUCUCAGAACUUCUGCUUAUGUUUGUGGGGACGGCUGCUGACAUCCUGGAAUUCACAAGUGAGACUCUGGACAUAGAAAGUGUGAGGACUAAGCCCUCACUAGUCUAUGCCAUCCUUAGCUUAUGGACAUGGAGCAUGCUGCAGUUUCCACUUGACCUGGCAGUGCAGCAUUUAGCAUGCUCUUCAUCUGGGACAACCCGGGGAUUCGUCAGCCUGUUCUUCUGCAAAUAUAGUGCUGAUCUGUGGAAUAUUGGAAUCAGUGUCUUCAUCCAAGAUGGUCCCUUCCUUGUCUUGCGCCUCAUCCUAAUGAUUUACUUCAAUGUGACCAGCCAAAUGCUGGUGUUCUUUGCUGCGAAAAAUUUCCUCGUGGUAGUGCUGCAUCUCUACCGCCUGGUGGUGCUGGCCUUGGGAGCACGUGCUUCCUUGAAACAUCAGUCGGAAAGCUCCAAAGGAGAGCGCAGGUGCCAAGGCCAGCCCUCCGACAGUAGGCUCUCACCAGGGGCGUGGCAGGGAGAGUUGAAGGAGGGCCUGGCUGUUCCAUUGCAGACCUUACCUGCCAGCUCUGUGGAGUCCCAUUCGACAACUUAG